AUGGUGAAGAACCUUUCCGCCCGGGUGCAUAGCGGCCAUCGCCGCGCCUUCCAGGACGACAUGGAGUCUUUGCUUUACGUGGUUCUCCACGCCGCUUUUCGGUGGCAGUCGCAUGAUUUGCCCGAGGAUGUGCUCUGGGAAAGGUGGAAUGCGUUCCAUGAAAGCAACCUGGCCACCGCCGCACGCGACGCGGCGGCGGGUGUCCGGUUCGACAGCGAUGCGGUCAGGGAGUGGCUGGACACCAUGAUGGCCUUCCACGCCCCUCUCCCCACCCACGGUGCCGAGUUCAGGGACGCUGAGUGGACGGGCGACGACCCGCCCAUCCGCCCUCUCGACUUCUCCCGUACCCGCCGACACGCCCAGAAGCCCCACCACACGCGCACCCAGCUCCAGGUUGUCGGCCUCCGGAUACAAACCCUCCGGAGCAUCCAGCAGAUGGCCGAGCCCAUGCGCGGCGCCACUCUCAAGGCCAGUGACUGGUGGACGGUGGAAGACAACAUCGAGGACGAGGAGGCAGACGGCGAUCGGAUCCUCAAGCAGGUCCUGGACGAGAUCGGUGUCGAUCUCUCGCUGCAGCCGUCGCCUGGGGGCUGGUCCGACCUCCCCUCGGACGCCAAAGACCCAUUCUUCUUCUCCACACGCGAGAUGGAAGACUACCGCUGCGACAUGCGGCGGCGUGUGCUCGACGACAACCGCGAGGCCCGGCUGCGCGCUCUGCGCGACGCAGACGGCUCCGACAACGACGACCCCAAGAGCCCGAAGGACGACUGGGGCGGGAGCGACGAGGAGCUCACCUAA